UGUUGCAAAUAGUCUAUAGCCGAGAAAUCGUACCAUAAUUUACCAGAUUUCAAUACAAUACAGUUUGUUAACUCAAAGCAUAAAAUUUAACUUGCUAGUUCGCAUUUUAUUCUUCGCCACGCUAAACAGAAGAAGUGAAUUGAAAACUCAUUCAUCAACCAAACAUGCAGAUCUUUGUCAAAACCCUCACCGGAAAAACCAUCACUCUCGAAGUUGAGGCUUCGGACACCAUCGAUAACGUCAAGGCCAAGAUCCAGGACAAAGAAGGCAUCCCUCCUGACCAGCAGCGACUCAUCUUCGCUGGCAAACAGCUGGAAGAUGGUCGAACACUCUCGGAUUAUAACAUCCAGAAAGAGUCUACCUUACACUUGGUCCUGAGAUUGAGAGGUGGUAUGCAAAUAUUUGUGAAAACUUUGACUGGAAAGACCAUCACGUUGGAGGUGGAACCAUCGGAUACUAUUGACAACGUGAAGGCUAAGAUCCAAGACAAAGAGGGAAUUCCCCCAGACCAACAGCGACUGAUCUUCGCUGGAAAACAGCUGGAAGAUGGUCGAACUUUGUCUGACUACAACAUCCAGAAAGAAAGUACCCUGCACUUGGUUCUGCGAUUGAGAGGUGGUAUGCAAAUCUUCGUGAAAACUCUAACUGGUAAAACAAUUACACUUGAGGUGGAACCAUCGGAUACUAUUGACAACGUGAAGGCUAAGAUCCAAGACAAGGAAGGGAUCCCACCUGAUCAGCAGCGACUCAUCUUCGCAGGAAAGCAGCUUGAGGAUGGACGAACCCUUUCGGAUUACAACAUUCAGAAAGAAUCAACGCUGCACCUUGUCUUGAGACUGAGAGGAGGAAUGCAAAUUUUUGUCAAGACUUUGACCGGCAAGACCAACACCCUGGAAGUUGAGCCUUCGGAUACGAUUGACAACGUGAAGGCUAAGAUCCAGGACAAGGAAGGAAUCCCACCAGAUCAGCAGAGGUUGAUCUUUGCGGGAAAGCAACUUGAGGAUGGUCGAACCCUCUCGGAUUACAACAUCCAAAAAGAGUCUACUUUGCAUCUGGUUCUCCGACUGAGAGGUGGUAUGCAAAUAUUUGUGAAAACGUUGACUGGAAAGACCAUCACGUUAGAGGUGGAACCAUCGGAUACUAUUGACAACGUGAAGGCUAAGAUCCAAGACAAGGAAGGCAUCCCACCUGAUCAGCAGCGACUCAUCUUUGCUGGAAAGCAGCUUGAGGAUGGUCGAACCCUCUCGGAUUACAACAUCCAAAAGGAGUCGACAUUGCACCUGGUUCUCCGACUGAGAGGUGGUAUGCAAAUAUUUGUUAAAACUUUGACUGGAAAGACCAUCACAUUAGAGGUGGAACCAUCGGAUACUAUUGACAACGUGAAGGCUAAGAUUCAGGAUAAAGAAGGCAUCCCUCCCGACCAGCAGCGUCUCAUCUUCGCUGGAAAGCAGCUUGAGGAUGGGCGAACUCUUUCGGACUACAACAUUCAGAAAGAGUCUACGUUGCACUUGGUUUUGCGAUUGAGAGGUGGAAUGCAAAUUUUCGUGAAAACUUUGACUGGAAAGACCAUCACGUUGGAGGUGGAACCAUCUGAUACUAUUGACAACGUGAAGGCUAAGAUUCAGGAUAAAGAGGGCAUCCCUCCCGACCAGCAGCGUCUCAUAUUUGCUGGAAAGCAGCUUGAGGAUGGACGAACUCUUUCGGACUACAACAUUCAGAAAGAGUCUACGCUGCACUUGGUUUUGCGAUUGAGAGGUGGAAUGCAAAUUUUCGUGAAAACUUUGACUGGAAAGACCAUCACGUUGGAGGUGGAACCCUCGGAUACUAUUGACAACGUGAAGGCUAAGAUCCAAGACAAGGAAGGGAUCCCACCUGAUCAGCAGCGAUUGAUCUUCGCUGGAAAACAACUGGAAGAUGGACGUACUCUUUCUGACUACAACAUUCAGAAGGAAUCGACUCUCCAUCUGGUCCUGCGUCUGCGAGGAGGAUUUUAAACACACAUUGCACUAAGGAAAAGGGAAAGAUGGGAGAUGGGCGUGUUUUUAGAUAUAGUCUCUUAAUCGUUGCAUGUUGGCUGAAUAGUGCAAAACUACGUUAUUAUUACACUUGUUAGAGUGAAUUUUAUUAUGUUGAUGCAGUACUCGUGUUUGUCGAUUUCAUCUGAGUAGUACUCAUGUUUUAACAUCAUAGGGAUUGACUCAAUAAAAAUUAGUAAAAACAA